AAAAUAUUCUCCAUAUUUUGGCUUCGGUUUUACAUGGUAUCAGAGCGUUGAUCCGGGACCAACCGGUAGCGCAAUCGUGACAAAAGAUGGCCGGCGAGACAGUCAACGUCGGUGAAGGAAACCGUGAACAAGGUGAACGACGGAAGAUUAAUGAUCCGUCCUCGCCGUACUACUUGUCGAGCUCAGAUUUUCCAGGAUUGCACAUAUGUGCGGUUGUUCUCAAGGGUGAGAGCAAUUAUCGGGAAUGGGCGACGGCAAUGAAGAAUGCGUUCCGUGCAAAACGGAAAAUGGGGUUUCUUGACGGAACCAUCAAACGACCCAUGAACAAUGAAAGAGAUCUCGAAGACUGGUACACCGUCAAUUCUAUGGCGGUGGGUUGGAUUAUGACGUCGGCGGAUCCGGCUCUCCGGUCUAACUUGGCCUAUAUGGACAGCGUGUAUGACCUGUGGAAUGACAUGGAAGCAUGUUUUGCCGUUGGAGAUGCAAUGAGAACUUACGAAUUGAAGGAGUUGAUUCGUAAUUGCCGUCAACGAGGGCAGCCAAUCACCACCUAUUUUGGACAACUCAAGACGCUAUGGGAUGAUUACGACGGACUUCGGAAUUUACCUCAAUGCACUUGCAAUGGUUGCACGUGUGACCUCAAGAAAUUGUUCAUCAAGCAUGUUGAAAACGAAAAAACUAAUGAUUUUUUGAUGGGCCUUGACACCGAGACUUACUGCAAUUUACGUUCUAAUGUACUUGGUGCAGAUGAAUUGCCAUCGUUAACUAAAGUGUACAACAUGGUGGUGCAAGAAGAAAGACAUCAAAAUAUGACACGAGGGAGAGAAGGAAAACAAGAAGUGGUGGCAUUUGCUACACGUACUGGACCUGUUGUUGGGAAGGAUGAAAGAGUGAGGUGCACCUAUUGUCAAAAAUCUGGCCAUGAUUUUGAUAAUUGUUUUCGACGAACCGGAAAUUAUCCGGAAUGGUGGUAUGAAAACCCGGGCCGUGCUCGAGGAGGAAGAGAACGGGGAGGAUCCGGUCGUGGCAGCCCCGGACGUGGAGGUUCGAGUAGAGGAGCUGGACGAGGAACUGCACAUGCUAUGCACGUGGGCGAGUACCAGGCAGAUAAUACAUCGGCACAAGGAGUAAAGGAGGUGGUCCUACAUAAGCCGGGAUUCACCGAUGAACAGUGGCAGACGUUCAUCAAACUGAUGGAAAACUGUAAGGCUACUUCCUCCGGGGAAAAACUCUCAGGACCUACCUACGAGGAUGCCGAUUGGAGUGGGUGAACGACGAGGGGGAGUUUAUUUUUUCCGGGGUCUGGAUCAAGCACAGGCAUAUGCAGUGGGAAGUUCAGAUUCAGGUGUUUUGUGGCACUCGAGGUUGGGUCAUCCGUCAAUAAAAGUACUUCGUUUGCUUGGUUAUUUCAAUAAACCGUUGUUGCAUUUUGAUCAAAAUAAAGUGUGUGAAGCCUGUAUGAGAGGCAAACAGACUCGUGAUAGUUUUGUUGUUAGUAGUAGUCGUGCUAUUGAACCUUUCGAGUUAAUUCACUGUGAUAUUUGGGGUCCUUAUAGUGAAAUGUCUACUUGUGGU